GGAAUCACGAUCACCAAACACAAGCGAGCACGGACCCUUUCCCUUGUGCUCCUCAGCACCAAACCUCCUCCAGACUUCUUCCCCGCCCCCUGAUUUUCAUCGACAUUCCAUCCCGGUACCCCACGUGUUGGUACCUGCGUCACUGGAGACCGAAGCUUCUUUCACAGAGUCACAAACUUCCCGCGCCGAGCCUUGAUCGACCUCUCACGAAUUCACAAUGCCGUGCCGGCACAACCGUCUUGAGGUUAUUCGCACGUCCAACCAUCGGUUUUGCGCUGUAUCGAGAAGUGGAGGCGGUCCGGACCGGACAACUGACCGAGCGAUCGCGUCUCCGGAGAUUAACGACAAUUCUGCACAGCCCGGCACCUUAGUGAGCUUGGGCCUCAAUGACGAUCUGCUUCCAGGUCUCCUGUCAUCUCCAGCCAGACGAGCGAAAAGAAGGUCAAAUUGGUAUCCGCGAUCGGUUCAUGCGAAAGCGCGGCACAAACCUCAGUUCCCUGCCUCGACCUUGGGCAGUUUCGUGUUUCGAGUCCGAUCGCUGGCAGGUGAAAUUGUUAGUGCAGCAGGUUCCACAAAGGCUUGGCAGUCGAGUCAAGCUCAACAGUCAACCAGCAUGAUCCGUAGAAGAACGCCUCUGUCAGGUAAAGCAGUUCCAUCGAGUUGCUCCUUUGUUUUUGUAAAAUUGCCCAUCUUUAUUCUCUACCUCAUAGUUACCGCUGAAAUCCCUAUACCACCUUAGAAGUAGAUCGCUAACAGCAAACAAAAAAACACAGUCU